AUGUUCCCAAUGCGAUGCCUUCGACGACGGUCCAUCGAUUUCAUUUUGAAGGGUGUUAUUCUCACAACAAUAUGCCUUUUCAUUGUCCAUAUGACCUCAUCUUAUCCGAAAGGAGGGAUUAGUCAGAGGACACUUGACUCGAUGCAAAAGCAGCAGCAGACACCUGUACUUGUGCAAAAAAGAGAGAAUUUUGAAGAGGAGAAUGGGGUUGUUGGAGAACAGCAGUCGAAAAAAGAAAAUCCAUUCGUGAAGGCGUCGCUGAAAAAUUUGGCGCCUCGAGAAGAAGUGAAGAUGGAUCGACCUUCUAGAGAGGGAGAAUUCUACAAGAACGUUGUGAUCCAUUUCGAUCUGAAAGGAGCUCCACCAAAAGUAGACUACUUCCUGGAAAUGCUGAGACUCAUUUCGAAAGGAGGAGCCACUGGAAUUCUUCUCGAAUGGGAGGAUAUGUUCCCAUGGACCGGAACACUUGAACAGUUCAAAAAUACGGAUGCAUAUUCUGAGGCUGACGUGGAUAUUAUACUCAACGAAGCAAAAACUCUGAAAUUAGAUGUAAUCCCUUUGGUUCAAACAUUCGGACAUUUGGAGUGGAUUCUGAAAUACGAAGAGAUGAGAAAAUACAGGGAAAACGAUGCGUACCCUCAAGUUUUGUGUCUUGGAAACGAGGAAGGAGUUGAAUUUGUGAAGGAGAUGAUCAGGCAGGUGGCGAAAAAACAUGCGAAAUAUGGAAUACCAUUCUUCCACAUUGGAGCAGAUGAAGCUUUUGAGUUCGGAGUCUGUCGAGAAUCUCUUGAUUGGAUAAAUAAGAACGGAAAGUCUGGUGGAAAACAGCUAUUGGCUCUGGCUCAUUUGAAGGCAAUCGCUGAGUUUGCUAAACAAGAAGCAGGGGAUUCUACUCAAAUCCUCGCGUGGCACGAUAUGCUCAAAGAUUUCGACUCUCGUCUCAUCAAAAAUCUGGAAUUGGGUCAAAUCAUUCAACCAGUUGUUUGGGAUUACUCGGAGAACAUUAUCACGUUGAAUGAUUAUAUUUUCUCAACUCUGGCUGAAAAUUUCCCUACUAUGUGGGCAUCUUCUGCUUAUAAAGGAGCUAAUUAUCCAUCUGCUUCUACUUCAGAAGUCAGACAUUAUGAGACAAAUAAUAGAAAUUGGAUUAAGACAAAACAAGCUCAAGAAAGGAAAUUCAAGAGUGGAUUCCAAGGAAUCAUUAUAACUGGAUGGCAACGUUAUGAUCAUUUGGCUGGACUAUGUGAGACACUUCCAAUCGGAACUGCUUCUAUGAUGCUCCAGAUGCAAAUUGCAUUGAAUGCACCUGGAUCUGAUCUGGAAACUACUAGAAGACAAGCUGGAAAACUCCUCGGAUGUCAGACAUUCAAUGUGGAUGGAGUGAAGACUGUGAGCAAUCAAUGCACCUAUAAAGGAUUCCAAACAUAUGUGAUUUAUCAAAGCGAAGUGCCAAAUCUGUUCAGUAGAAUCGACGGAGAGUUAGGAAAAAAUCAUCACUUGAUGGGAUGGGCUAAUCGAUACAACAGAAAAUAUAAUAUUUCUCAAAACUGGUAUCACAAAGAGAUGCUUCCAUUUGUUCAAUCUCUUGUUGCACAAGCUUCAAUGAAAGAUCUGUUCUUUGAGAACACCAUUGAUGAAUUUAUUUAUGAAAAUCUCGGAGAAAUGUCCGAAAAACUUCAUGGUUCUCUGGAUGAAAUUCAACGACUUGAUAAACUUCGUGCCUGGCCGAAAAGACACUUCCCUAUUAGAAAAUAA